AUGCACCAAAAACGACUCAAGAUGCUCCCGAUCCGGCACAAACAACCCAAACUUGCAAUACCAAUCCUCGGCCAACUCCAACAGAAUCUCCUUGUUGAAGAGGAGAAGGAGGAGGUAGAGGAGGAGGUGGAGGAGGAGGAGGAGGAGGUGGAGGACCUAGGUGUAGCACACCAGAUCUAUCGGAUACGCCAGGACUCCAGUUCUGUCCAGAAGAGCGAGUAG